AUGACGGGAGUUGUAGGCGGCAAGACCUGGUGCCCCCCACUUCCCCCCAGGCCCUUCGACAUCCUCAUCCUCGCCACCAUCUUUGCCAACUGCGUGGCCCUGGGGGUCUACAUCCCCUUCCCCGAGGACGACUCCAACACCUCCAACCACAACCUGGAGCAGGUGGAGUACGUGUUCCUCAUCAUCUUCACGGUGGAGACCUUCCUGAAGAUCAUCGCCUACGGGCUGGUGCUGCACCCCAGCGCCUACAUCCGCAACGGCUGGAACCUGCUCGACUUCGUCAUCGUCAUCGUGGGGCUGUUCAGCGUCAUCCUGGAGCAGGUGUCCCACAAGCCGGGCGACGCUCACCACAUGAGCGGGAAGCCGGGCGGCUUCGACGUCAAGGCCCUGCGCGCCUUCCGCGUUCUGCGCCCGCUGCGCCUCGUCUCCGGCGUCCCCAGCCUCCACAUCGUGCUCAACUCCAUCAUGAAGGCGAUGGUGCCGCUGCUGCACAUCGCGCUGCUCGUGCUCUUCGUCAUCAUCAUCUACGCCAUCAUCGGCCUCGAGCUCUUCAUCGGCCGCAUGCACAAGACCUGCUUCUUCAUCGGCUCUGACCUGGAGUCGGAGGAUGACCCCUCUCCCUGCGCCUUCUCGGGCCACGGCCGCGCCUGCCUGCAGAACAACACCGAGUGCCGCGGCCGCUGGGAGGGGCCCAACGGCGGCAUCACCAACUUCGACAACUUCUUCUUCGCCAUGCUCACCGUGUUCCAGUGCAUCACCAUGGAGGGCUGGACCGACGUGCUCUACUGGAUGCAGGACGCGAUGGGCCACGAGCUGCCCUGGAUUUACUUCGUCAGCCUCGUCAUCUUCGGCUCCUUCUUCGUCCUCAACCUGGUGCUGGGGGUGCUGAGCGGGGAAUUCUCCAAGGAGCGAGAGAAGGCCAAGGCCCGCGGGGAUUUCCAGAAGCUGCGGGAGAAGCAGCAGCUGGAGGAGGAUCUGCGGGGCUACAUGGACUGGAUCACCCAGGCCGAGCUGGAGGGUGACGAGGAAGAGGGGGAGCACGAGAAGCACCGCCUGACUGCUGAGGACCUGAUGGGGAAGCGGAAGCCGCGGCUGAAGUGGCUGCGCCACGCGAGUCACUCCACCGACACCCACGCCAGCCUCCCCGGCAGCGAGACCACCUCGGUGAACACGGAGACCGUGGGGGAGGAGGAGGCGCCGCCGACCGCCUGCGACCGCUGCCUGGGCAAAAUUACAAAGACAAAAUUCUGUCGCCGCCUGCGCCGCCUGAACCGCCUGUGGCGCCGGCGCUGCCGCGCUGCCGUGAAAUCGGUGUCGUUCUACUGGACCGUGCUGCUGCUCGUGUUCCUCAACACGCUGACCAUCGCCUCCGAGCACCACGGGCAGCCGCCCUGGCUCACCGAGACACAGGCCUACGCGAACAAGGCGCUGCUGUCGCUGUUCGCCGCCGAGAUGGUGCUGAAGCUCUACGCGCUGGGUCCCUCCUGCUACUUCGCCAGCUUCUUCAACCGCUUCGAUUGUUUCGUGGUGUGCGGCGGCGUGCUGGAGACGGCGCUGGUGGAGCGCGGGGCCAUGGAGCCGCUCGGCAUCUCCGUGCUGCGCUGCGUGCGCCUGCUGCGCGUCUUCAAGGUCACCCGGCACUGGGCGUCGCUGAGCAACCUGGUGGGGUCCCUGCUGAACUCCAUGAAAUCCAUCGCCUCCCUGCUGCUGCUGCUCUUCCUCUUCAUCAUCAUCUUCGCCCUCCUGGGCAUGCAGCUCUUCGGGGGCCGCUUCAGCUUCGACGAGACCCAGACCAAGCGCAGCACCUUCGACACCUUCCCGCAGGCCCUGCUCACCGUGUUCCAGAUCCUGACGGGGGAGGACUGGAACGCGGUGAUGUACGAUGGGAUCAUGGCCUACGGCGGCCCCGUGUUCCCCGGGAUGCUCGUCUGCGUCUACUUCGUCAUCCUCUUCAUCUGCGGGAACUACAUCCUCCUCAACGUCUUCUUGGCCAUCGCUGUGGACAACCUGGCAGACGGUGACAACAUCAACUCGGGGGGGGACAAAAAGUGAGCCCAGAGCCCUGGGGCCCUUUCGGGGGUGAUGAGGGGGGAACCCCAACCCCCCGGUCCCCAGGGGGGUGUUGAGGGGGAUCAGCCGCAGGAGGAAGAGGAGGAGGAGGAGGAAGAGGUGGAGGAAGGUGAGGCCCGGCUGGAGUCCCUGGAGGAGGCCCCCAAGCCCAAGGUGACCCCGAUCCCCGAGGGCAGCGCCUUCUUCGUGCUGAGCAGCACCAACCCGCUGCGGGUGAAGUGCCACGCCCUGAUCAACCACCACAUCUUCACCAACCUCAUCCUCGUCUUCAUCAUCCUCAGCAGCAUCUCCCUGGCCGCAGAGGACCCCGUGCGCGCCCACUCGCCCCGAAACCACAUCCUGGGCUACUUCGACUACGCUUUCACCUCCAUCUUCACCGUGGAGAUCCUGCUCAAGAUGACGGUGUUCGGCGGUUUCCUGCACAAAGGCUCCUUCCUCCGCAACUGGUUCAACCUCCUGGACGUGCUGGUGGUCGGCGUCUCCCUCAUCUCCUUCGGCAUGCACUCCAGCGCCAUCUCAGUGGUGAAGAUCCUGCGGGUCCUGCGCGUCCUGCGGCCGCUGAGAGCCAUCAACAGGGCCAAGGGCCUCAAGCACGUGGUGCAGUGCGUGUUCGUGGCCAUCCGCACCAUCGGGAACAUCAUGAUCGUCACGACGCUGCUGCAGUUCAUGUUCGCCUGCAUCGGGGUGCAGCUCUUCAAGGGCAAGUUCUACAGCUGCACUGACGAGGCCAAGCACACGCCAGGAGAGUGCAAGGGGACAUUCCUGGUGUACAAGGACGGGGACGUGUCUCACCCCUCGGUGCGGGAGCGCCUCUGGCUCAACAGUGACUUCAACUUCGACAACGUCCUGGCGGGGAUGAUGGCCUUGUUCACCGUGUCCACCUUCGAGGGGUGGCCAGCGCUGCUGUACAAGGCCAUCGACGCCAACGCCGAGAACCAGGGCCCCAUCUACAACUACCGCGUGGAGAUCUCCAUCUUCUUCAUCGUCUACAUCAUCGUCAUCGCCUUCUUCAUGAUGAACAUCUUCGUGGGCUUCGUCAUCAUCACCUUCCGCGCGCAGGGCGAGAGCGAGUACCGCAACUGCGAGCUCGACAAGAACCAGCGGCAGUGUGUGGAGUACGCGCUGAAGGCGCAGCCCCUGCGCCGUUACAUCCCCAAGAACCGCACCCAGUACCGCGUGUGGGCCAUGGUCAACUCCACCGCCUUCGAGUACAUCAUGUUCGUCCUCAUCCUGCUCAACACCAUCGCCCUGGCCGUGCAGCACUACGAGCAGUCCAAGCCCUUCAACUACGUGAUGGAUCUGCUCAACAUGGUGUUCACGGGGCUCUUCACCGUGGAGAUGGUGCUCAAGAUCAUUGCCUUCAAACCCCGGCAUUACUUCUGCGAUGCCUGGAACACCUUUGACGCCCUCAUCGUGGUGGGCAGCGUGGUGGACAUUGCCGUCACCGAGGUCAACAACGGGGGGCACGUCGGUGAGAGCUCGGAGGACAGCUCCCGCAUCUCCAUCACCUUCUUCCGGCUCUUCCGCGUGAUGCGCUUGGUGAAGCUGCUCUCCAAGGGCGAGGGCAUCCGCACCCUGCUCUGGACCUUCGUCAAGUCCUUCCAGGCCCUGCCCUACGUCGCUCUGCUCAUUGCCAUGAUCUUCUUCAUCUACGCCGUCAUCGGGAUGCAGACCUUCGGGAAGGUGGCGUUGCAGGACGGGACCCAGAUCAACCGCAACAACAACUUCCAGACGUUCCCCCAGGCCGUGCUGCUGCUCUUCAGGUGUGCCACGGGGGAGGCGUGGCAGGAGAUCAUGCUGGCCAGCCUGCCGGGCAAGCGCUGCGACCCCGAGUCAGACGUGGGCCCGGGGGAGGAGUUCACCUGCGGCAGCAACUUCGCCAUCGCCUACUUCAUCAGCUUCUUCAUGCUCUGCGCCUUCCUGAUCAUCAACCUGUUCGUGGCUGUGAUCAUGGACAACUUCGAUUACCUGACGCGCGACUGGUCCAUCCUGGGCCCGCACCACCUGGACGAGUUCAAGCGCGUGUGGUCCGAGUACGACCCCGCGGCCAAGGGCCGCAUCAAGCACCUGGACGUGGUGACGCUGCUGCGCCGGAUCCAGCCCCCGCUGGGCUUUGGGAAGCUCUGCCCGCACCGUGUGGCCUGCAAGCGCCUGGUGGCCAUGAACAUGCCCCUCAACUCGGACGGGACCGUCACCUUCAACGCGCCCCUCUUCGCCCUGGUCCGCACCUCCCUCAAGAUCAAGACGGAAGGGAACCUGGAUGUGGCCAACAAGGAGCUGCGGGCCGUGGUGAAGAAGAUCUGGAAGAGGACGAAGCCGAAGCUGCUGGACGAGGUCAUCCCCCCGCCUGAGGAGGAGGAGGUCACCGUCGGCAAGUUCUACGCCACCUUCCUGAUCCAGGACUAUUUCCGCAAGUUCCGGCGGCGGAAGGAGCGGGGGAUGCUGGGCGCCAGCGCGGGCCCCAGCAACGAGUGUGCGCUGCAGGCCGGGCUGCAGACGCUGCAGGCGCUGGGCCCUGAGAUGCGCCGGGCCCUGAGUGACCUGGAGGGGGACGAGGGCGGGGACGCCCCUGCGGAGGAGCCACUCACCUACGCCGCCCCCGAGACGCUGUACGGCUCCGCCCCCGGCUCCCCCCUGCUCUCGGAGCCGCCCCCCGUCCCCAGCCCCGCGCCCACCGAGGGGGAGGACCCCGCGCCCCCCGCCCACGGGGGCGCCCCCCGCCCGGGCGGCAGGCGGCGCUCCGAGCCGGGGGACCAGGAUGAGGAAGCCCCCGCCGAGGACGUGGAGGAGCCGGGGGCCGACCCGGGGGACGUCAGCCACGACGAGGACCUGGAGAGCUCGGCACCGCCCCGGCACCGCUGGGCCGGACACAGGGCACCGGGACCCCCGCGCUGGGCGGCGGAGCUGCCCCGGGGGGGGUCGCUGCCGCUGCCCCCCCGGCACUUCGCGCUCGGCAGCGGCGCUCGCGAGGGGCAACAACUGAAACGGCGCCGGCUGCUGCCCCCCACCCCCGCGGGCCGGAAGCCCUCCUUCACCAUCCAGUGCCUGCGGCGCCAGGGCAGCUGCGAGGACGAGCCCAUCCCCGGUACCUACAACCCCUCGGGCCCGCCCGGCUCCGCCCGGCCGCAGGCCUGGGCAGCCCCGGCCCGCGGGCACGUUCUGUACGCGCCGCUGAUCCUGGUGGAGGGGGCUCCGGCGGCGGGGGGCAGCCUGCCCCCCCUCAACCGCUGGUUCCCCCCCGCGCCGCUCCGCCUGCGGCCCUGCGGGCCCCACGACGCCCUGGCCCGAGGCUCGGCCGACAGCCUGGUGGAGGCCGUGCUGAUCUCGGAGGGGCUCGGGCUGUUCGCCCGCGACCCCAAGUUCGUGGCCGUGGCCAAGCGCGAGAUCGCGGACGCGUGCGAUAUGACCAUGGACGAGAUGGAGAGCGCGGCCGCCGACCUGCUGACCCGGCGCCGCGCCCCGCCCGCGCCCGCCGUCUACAGCGACGAGGAGCCGCUGCGGCCGCCGGCCGAGGAGGAGCUGGCGGACGAGAUGGGCUGGGCCGGCGGGGUCUAG